AUGGCGCCCCUUAUCCUCCACAAUGUCCCCGACGAGGAACUCUACGUCGGCGAUGACGGAAUUAAACGUCCCUACGCCAUGGUUUUCCCACAGCAAGAAGGUCUUCCCGGCGCUAGGAACCGCCGCGGUGUCGCAGAAACAGGCUCCUUUGGCAAAUCGACACGCCGCUCCCGCUCACGAACCGGAACCCCCGCGGGUCGCCGCGAAAACCCGACGGUCGCGGCCGCCGACAAGAUCUUCGGCGACUGGCUCUCUACACAGGCCGUCACCAACAACAACGUUGCUGCUUCGACGACCGCAACAACGACCACAACAGGAGGCGCAGGUGGUAACUCCUCAGCGGCCGCCGUCGUCCCGCAACGCAAGACGUCUGGCCUCUCCCAGGCGCCUCUCCUGGCCUCCGCGGCCGACGACACGCCUGCCGCUGCCGAGCCUCGCGUCACCCGCCACGUGCCGACCGAAAUCAUCCUCCGCGGCUACCGCUCGCCCUCGCAGCAGUACGCCGCCAUCUCCCAUUAUGAGCAGCUUGCCGGCCUCAUCUGCGAGGACUACCCGCGCGAGCCACCCCUCGAGCAGCGCCGCUACAAGUCUGAGCUACGCGACCCGGCCUUCACCCGCCGCCGGGGACUCACGGCCGAGGAGCGUGCAAAGGUCAACCGCGCCGAUGGUGGCGAGCACUGGGUCAAGGUGACGUUCGAGUCAGCCGACGCCGCGGACGCCGCCGUCUAUGCCAGCCCCCAGCGCGUGCUGGGCUACCUCGUCCACGCCGAGCCGUACCACGGACUGCCCCCCGCGCGCGACGAGCCCGUCCCGGAUGUUGACUCCCUCGUUGCCGCCCACGAGGAACACGGCCGCUCACGGUCGGUCCCGGCGGGCAGCUUCGGCACCCACCGGACGCCGCGCGGCCAACAUCGUUCCGCUAGCAAGAACGGCGGCGGCAAUCCCUUCUCCAUUCCCAACACCCGAUCCACGAGCGACCUCUCGCCGCCGACGUCGCUAACCUCAUCCAACACGAUCGAGACCGCCACCAUCUCCAACACGACCAACUCCUCGGCGACCUUGACGGAGUUGCAGCAGCAGCAGCAGCAGCCCCUGAUGCAGGCCGAGGACAGCAUGUUCUGCCGGCGCAUCCCAACGGCGCGGAAGGCUAGGCUCCUCCCCGCCGAGCAGGCGCUGCUGCCGCAGCAGAGCUACACGCAGCGGGUCGUCAACAUGGUCCCCUUCCUUAAGUGGUUCAGCGGCUCCAUGAUCGGCAACGAGGUGCCGCGCACCGACAGCGGCGACUUUGACUGGAACCGCGCCAGCCUGUACUGGAAGAUCAUCUGGUGGCUGGACGCGACCUUUGGGCUGUUCGGGGGCGAGAUCCUGAGCGCCGACAAGGACGACUGA